UCCUCGUCCCCCACCGCGGCGCCACCCCUCUACCCCGACGCGCCGCCGCCCCUCUCCCCAGAUGCGCCGCCGCGCCGCUCCUCUCCCCAGAUGCGCCGCCGCGCCGCCCCUCUCCCCUGACGCGCCGCCCCUCUCCCCCAGCUCGCCGGCCUCCCCUCCCCCCACUCUUUCCCAAAAGAGGCCGCCUCCCGAGCUCUGCCAUGCGCGGCUGCGCCUGCUCCACUGUCCAGGUGACACCGGUCGAUGCCCCAACCGCGUGCCGCCGUAUACUGCUGCUCCUUCCCAUGAGCCACCUCGCCUUCUCCUCCGUGGAUAAGUUCGCCGACGAGCGAGGACUCCGGAUCGAGCCGGCCGACGCCAACCUGCUGGCGUGCCACCCCCCGCCCCAGCCAUCUCCUCCACCACGGUGCACCACUGCCUAUUCUAGCCAUGGGCAAGCACAAGUGCCACCCCCGGUGGUCAGUCCAGCUCCUGCAACCAAUACAGGUCGUUGCCCCUUUUGCCACAAUGGCAGCAGCACGAACACGAAUGUGGUCGUCCUUAACCAGUUCCUCACGCGGCCUCCACGCAAGCGCUGCUCAUGUAUGCUUACACCAAAAGUGCUUACUUGAAGGGGUAGCCAUGGUGCUGAUACUAAAAAAAUGGAUAAGUAAUCACAAAGACCAUCAUGGAUGACGACAGGCCUACAGCUGCUAUGGUUUUAGUCAAGUGUUUCAGAAAUGUGCAGUACUACUUUGUAUCUGUCACUCUUUGUCACGGGAAGGUGACUAAAGCUCCAUAUUGCAAUUUCACUAAGCUAUCCGGAUUUAAUUUAGUGUUUAAAAUUAAUUAGUUUCUUGUCCAGUCAUACUAGUACUAAUGAAAUAUCAAGUUGACAUUGUGCUCGGCCAUAGGUCCGCAUUUUUUCUCUCCCUUCGGUUCAAGGAGCAGCAACAGCUGGCCUGCAGUUCCGCCAUCUGAAGACAUGGGAGAUGUCCGUAAUCCCCUUAUGGUAAUUAUGUAGGUGCGGAACCUCCCAAGCGCACGACAACCUCAUCCGUCCAAGUUGAGCACUGGGCGCUGUCCGAGUAGAGCAAUGCGCCCCGUCCAAGUUCCCAUCUAAUGUUGAACGUUCAAUUUUGUCAUGUUGAAUACUAUACCACUGAGUGCUAUUGACAGUCAGUUAUUUCCUCCUUCCAUGCUGCACUUGGAGAGCUUAAUCUCCCAUUGGCAAAUUUAAUCUGUACCAGUAAGUACAUGAUUAAUAUUUUAGGAUAUGUGUGGUUCCAGUAAGUACAUGAGUACUAUUUAGCAUGUUUGGUUGCUUCUGAAACUAAAAAUGUCAGGGUGUACUGAUGCAUUUCAAAAUUGUUUUGUGUUUUCAGGGAAAAACAUUUGUCAGGUUUUUGGUGGCCAAGUGUUAUUGAUAUGGAGAUGAAUAACUAUGCGGAUGCACUCCUGCUGUUUUUGCAUCUCCUUCGCGACGACCUAUUGUGUGCCCAUGAACAAAGAGCAAAGCCCGCCUGUAGCCUGAGCUAUUCAUCGCCUCGUCUCAAUGGAUCAGAGUUCAUGGAAAAAAAUGUUUGGCAUCCUGUAGUAGUUAUAGUCCUUAAGUUACAACAGUUUGAUUAUGAAAAAAACAUCAGUACAAAAAGUAUGGAGCUUCUAAUGUUGUAGCGAUUUCGUGUGACCACAAGGAUCCUUCCUGGAAGGUAGUUGGUGGGUUGUGUGCACGCUCUACAUACGUCCAUGCUAGCAUAUCCUGCUGUGUGCGUGCGUCCUUCAUGUGUGUUCAUGUUCGUGCCGAUGUAGUGUGAAUGCAGGGCGAGCUGGACAAUGUGUCGUGUGUGUGUGUGUGGUGUGUGCUUUCCAUGAGAGUGCUGCUAAUUUCUAGUGUUGCUGUUUGUUUUCUCUACAAGGAAAAAUUAGCUGCUGCUGUUCUGAAGUU